CGGCCAUUCAUGGUGUAUGUGCUUACUAUAUUUUCACUAUUAUGGAUUUUAAAAUGAAUUAGUUUUAGUAAUCGCAGGUUUCACUGAAGAAUGGGUGCUUGUUUGAGUUCCCCUAACUGCCGCCUUGGAACCUCCACAAGCCGCAAGGAGCAGGAAGAUACACACAGCCCCGGGCUUGACAGUACCACGUUAAGUGGAAAUAAUAAUGAAUUUGGAGAUGAUGCAAAAAAUUCCGCCAAACCUCCGGAAAAUUUUGACCAUUCUGGAACUAGCAAUAACACAUCGAAUAGUUUGGCUACUAUACAGCGUUCCUCCGCUAAAAAUACGGUUGAAGGCACCAAUAAAGAACGAGGAAUUCAGCAUGUCCCGGAUUAUAUGGUACCGGAUAUCUCGGAUGUGUUUUACACAAACCUAGAUCGUCCCCGUAUGUCCGUUCACAAACCUAAAAGGGCCCAUUCGGAUCCGGACAAGACUAAAAGUACCGACGAUGGCGCAAAGUCAUCUAUUUUACGCAAUUUGUCGGAAUAUCCGAGGAUAUCAGACGUUGUACUGACUAACGAUGUCUGGAGAAUUAGGAUACUCUCGUCUGUGAAGUUGACAUCUCGUUAUAUUCUUGGAACAAACGCAAUAGGAUACGGUGUUUGUGGCUCAGUAAGGCAUGCAGUUAACAGAAGGACUCAAAAAGUUUAUGCCUUGAAGUCUUUGAGCACAUACACUACUUCCAAGCGCAAAUUGACCAGUGUUUUCAAUGAGGUAUCCAUAUUUACACAGUUGGAUCACCCAAAUAUCGCAUUUAUGCACGAGGCAUACGAUGAGCUUGGCGUAUGUCACAUUAUAAUGGAGUAUUGCUCAGGAAGUGAGCUGUAUGAUAGACUGGAUACUUAUAAGCGUUUUUCCGAACAAUAUGCUAUAAAAUUAACGUUUCAAAUGUUGCUAACUUUGCACUAUCUUCACACAAAUGGAAUUUGUCACAGAGACCUAAAACUUGAAAACUGGGUGUUUGCAGAUCAAGAGAUUGAUUCACCCCUUAAAAUGAUUGACUUUGGAUUCGCCAGAGUCUUUGAAAAGGGUAUACCUAUGGGAGGUAUGCAUGGAACUGUAUAUUAUGUUGACCCUGAGGUUAUUGAUGGUUGUUAUAAUGAAAAAUGCGACAUUUGGAGUACCGGGGUUAUUGUUUACAUGAUGUUAUCCGGGUCUCCUCCUUUCAAUUCGGAAGGGGAUAAAGAGAUUUUGUGGAAAAUUAAAAGGGCCACAUUGAGAUUUGAGGGAGUAAGGUGGACUUCUGUCUCUGAUACAGCAAAAGACUUUAUAAGGUACCUCUUGAAUAGAAACGGAAAUGAGAGACCGUCUGCAGAAAUGGCGUUACGCCAUGAAUGGUUAAAGAGCGAGUAUAUGAGAUACAGUAAUUUUAAAGUCCCUGUAGAACUGCUAAAGCACAUAAUACACUUUUCUCGCAAAUCUCCAUUACACAGAGUAGUGAUUGCGCUUUCAGUUCUUGAGAGUGACAGACAGUGUCCCAAAGAGGUAUAUAGAGCUUUCUUUGCCAUAAACACUCGAAAAAAUGGUACAAUUAGCUUUGAUGAGUUCUACACUGCGAUGAAGUCACAUUUGGAUAUUUCACAUCAGGAAUGUAUAAAGGUGUACAACACAAUUGGAUACAGGGGUACACCUGAACUCAACUACACGGAAUUUGUAACAGCAGUUAUAGAGCAUUAUGGAAUAUUGGAUAUCAAUAUGUUGUCGCUCGUGUACAAGAAACUGGACGUGCUUGGAAAGGGUUUCAUAGAUUUAAAGAGUUUUACAGCGGCUAUUGGAAAGUAUUUUAAUGACGUUUCAGCUGAAGAAAUUUUCCGGAAUACGGACCAGAAUCAGGAUGGGUUCAUUGACUUUGUAGAGUUUUGCGAAUCCUUGACGGCUGUUAAUCCAGAAGUCUGAGUCACGCGCGUUUGCAUCCAACACACUACAUUGUGCGUACGUACAUGUGGUGUACGCAACCGUUAAUUUGUACUAUACAUUUG